AUGGGCUGUGGGAACAGCAAGGUGCCGCUUGAGGCGUCCAAGAAGGGCUACGUCGGGGUGGUGCAGUCGCUUGUCGCCUUCAGCAAAGCGCACAACGACAGCGAUGAGCCAAAGAAAUGUUUGGAGAAACGAAGAGGCCCCUGGUUUUCCACCGGGGUCAAGCAUCGUGAGCCGGCGUCAAACAGCCAGCUGCCGAUACUCAGGGACGGACGACAACAGGACAAAGCUGCCAAGUAUAAGGACAAGUUCGAUCCACGCGUCACAGCAAGAUACGACAUCAAAGCUCUGAUCGGUCGUGGAAGCUUCAGCCGCGUGGUGCGAGUGGAGCACAGGGCGACUCGCCAGCCGUUCGCCAUUAAGAUGAUGGAGGUGGAGGCCCCGGGGGGUCGUGAGGUGUGCGCCUCGGAGCUGGCGGUGCUGCAGCGGGUGAGCCACGCCAAUGUGAUCCAGCUGAUCGAGGUGUUUCAGUUCCCGCAGCGGGUCUACAUGGUGCUGGAGCUGGCGACCGGCGGGGAGCUGUUGGACCGGGUGGUCAGCAGGGGCCACUUCACCGAGCGGGACGCCACCCAGGCCCUGCGCAUGGUGCUGGCCGGGGUGGGAUACCUGCACAAUCUGGGCAUCACCCACAGAGAUCUGAAGCCGGAGAACCUCCUGUACUACCACCCCGGAGCGGACUCCCGGCUGCUGGUCACUGACUUUGGACUGGCUACUUUUGGCGGCACAGGGCCGGAGCUUUCUGACCACAACACAAGCGACGAGGGAGAUCGGCCCAGCGUCGGGCGCUCGUGGUCCCUGAGGACCACGUGUGGAACACCGGAGUACUUGGCCCCUGAGGUGUUGUUGAGGAGACCCUAUUCGUGUGCAGUGGACAUGUGGGCCCUCGGGGUGAUCGCCUACAUCGUGCUGAGUGGAUCGAUGCCCUUUGAGGACGACAGUCGCACACGGCUCUAUAGAUCCAUACUGAGGGGAAAGUACAGCUUCCACGGAGAUCCUUGGCCCUCAGUGUCCAACCUGGCAAAGGACUUCAUCCAGCGCCUGCUGGCGUCGGACUCGGCCGCCCGCCUGACCGCUGACCAAGCCACCCGUCACUCCUGGGUGGUCACCAUGGCAGCCGGCUCCUCCACAAGGAACCUCCAUCGAUCCAUUUCCCAGAACCUCCGGCAGCGAGCCUCACGCAGCUCCUCCCGGUGCCCGAGCAGCACCGCGAGCUCCUGCCACGCUGGCAGCGCAGAGCCGGGGAAAGCUGAUGUGACUCACGUCGCGGAGACAUUGAGACAGGAGAACAUCCAGAUCAUCGUCGCUGUCACCGAAAAUGACUCCGGCCUGCACAAGCCUGGAUCGUGUCUGUCUCAGGGCGGACAGAUCUGUGCAGAGGGGACUGUCACUGCAGCACUGCAGGCCAAACCUUGUCCCUCCUGCCCCAACGUCUGCAUCGUGCACAGAGCAGGCAUCAUGUGCAGGUCUUUCUCACAAGGCUUGAGUCCUGGGGAGUGUGAGACGAGGUGUGUCCACCUGAGCCUCACUCUGGUGGGUCCGGCUGGUGCUUUAGCAGCAGUAGCCCCCUCUUCAGGCCCUCGUGUGGAGGUGGACGGCUGCAGAGCGCACUUCCUGCUGAGACCUGGACAAAAAGACGACUCCAUCCGCGCUCCUCAAUGA